GUUGAAACUCCGCCUUUUCUCCACCGGAAAUGACUCAAAAGUGAAAGUGAAAGCAGGUAAUUUUUGUGUCGAGAAAAACCCGAAGCUCUUUGGAACAGAAUCGCAUGUUCAACGGAGAUGUUGGGAGUUUAAACUCCGGGGAAUUGAAGGUAUUGUGCGGUGCAGGAGUUCAUAAUUUUCAGGACUCAGCUAAUCUAAUACUAAGAGACAGCAGACAUUAGACUUUCUGAAAUAAUGUCGGGGGAGUGUGAGGAACUCAGAACAUCUGAAAUGAGUCAUCAAGAGGAGCAGCACAAGAUACAAAGUGGAAUUAAGAAAAGGUCAGUUUCUCCUGUAUCCAGCUGUGUGUCCUAUAACAGUGACCGCUCACUGCCAACUCCUCCUAAUUUUAAAGGUGGACCAUCCUCUGUGGAAAGGGGAACUGUGGAAAGGUCAAAUUCUCCUGUAUCCAGCUGUGUGUCCUUUAAGAGUGACCUCUCACUGCCACUUCCUCUCGACUUUAAAGGUGGAACAUCCUCCGUGGAAAGUGAAACUAAGGAAAGGCGUCUCUCACCUGUAUCCAGCUGUGUGUCCUAUAAUAGUGACCACUCAAUGCAGCCUCCUCUCAGCUUUAAAGGUGGAACAUCCUCUGUGGAAAGUGGAACUGUGGAAAGGUCAAAUUCUCCCGUAUCCAGCUGUGUGUCCUUUAAGAGUGACCACUCACUGCCAACUCCUCCCGAAUUUAAAGGUGGAACAUCCUCUGUGGAAAGUGAAACUAAGGAAAGGCGUCUCUCACCUGUAUCCAGCUGUGUGUCCUAUAAGAGUGACCGCUCAAUGUCGCAUCCUCUCAACUUUAAAGAUGGAACAUCCUCUGUGGAAAGUGAAACUAAGGAAAGGCGUCUCUCACCUGUAUCCAGCUGCGUGUCCUAUAAGAGUGACCGCUCACUGCCGACUCCUCCCAGCUUUAAAGAUGGAACAUCCUCUGUGGAAAGAAACCAAAAACAGAAACCAAAAAUCGACUGCAGAAAUCGGAUGGAGUCCAUAUUCAAGGAGCUGGAGCACAAAGUCAUCACUCUGUUGAAGAAUGAGCUGAACAGGUUCAAGAAGCUACUGAGUGCUGAUUUCCCAGCAUGCUCUGAGGAGGAGGAGGAGGAGGAUCUGCACUGUUUCAGAGAGGGUGUGCUGAAGAUCACACUGCACAUCCUGAAGAACAUGAAGCAGAAAGAUCUCGCUCACACACUGCAGAUCAAGCUGGCCUCUGUGUAUCAGCGGAAGCUCAAAUCCAGACUUCUAGAUAAAUGUAAAAGAAUUAAUGAAGGAAUCUCACAGCAUGGGACAUCAACACUUCUGAAUCAGAUCUACACAGAGCUCUACGUCACAGAGGGUGGGAGUGGAGACGUCAAUAAAGAACAUGAGGUGAGACAGAUUGAGACAGCGUCCAGGAGACCAGCAGCGGAGGAGACACCCAUCAAAUGUAAUGAGCUCUUUAAAGACAAGUCCAUCAGAAGUGUGCUGACUAAAGGAGUAGCUGGAAUUGGAAAAACAGUCUCUGUGCAGAAGAUCAUUCUGGACUGGGCUGAAGGGAAAGAGAAUCAGGACGUCACCUUCAUGUUUCCACUUCCCUUUAGAGAGCUGAAUUUGGUGAAGCAGGGGACCUUCAGUCUGAUGAGCCUUCUUCAUCAGUUUUUCCCUGAAAUUAAGGACUUGGAAGUAAUAGACAGUGACACCUACAAAGUCCUGUUCAUCUUUGAUGGUCUGGAUGAGUGUCGACUUCCUCUAAAUUUCCAGAAGAAUGAGAUGUUGUGUGAUGUGACAGAGUCAGUCUCAGUGGAUGUGCUGCUGACAAACCUCAUCAAGGGGAAUCUGCUUCCCUCUGCUCACCUCUGGAUAACCACUCGACCAGCAGCAGCCAAUCAGAUCCCUCCUGAGUGUGUAGACCAGGUAACAGAGGUACGAGGGUUCAGUGAUCCUCAGAAAGAGGAGUACUUCAGGAAGAGGAUCAGUGAUCAGAGCCUGUCCAAUAAAAUCAUCACACACAUGAAGUCUUCCAGAAGCCUCUACAUCAUGUGCCACAUCCCAGUCUUCUGCUGGAUCUCAGCCACUGUUCUAGAGAGAAUGUUGGGUGAAGCAGAGAUUGGAGAGAUCCCCAAGACUCUGACUCAAAUGUUCACACACUUCCUGAUCUUUCAGAUCAAACACAAGGACCAAAAGUACCAUCAGAACUGUGACCCUGACAUUCCCCAGGCCAGAGCGAGUAUCCUGACACUGGGAAAACUGGCUUUCCAACAGCUGGAGAAAGGAAACCUGAUGUUCUACGAGGAAGACCUGAGAGAGUGUGGCAUUGAUGUCAGAGAAGUGGCAGUGUACUCAGGAGUGUGUACCCAAAUCUUCAGAACAGAGUCUGGACUCCACCUGGGGAAGAUGUUCAGCUUUGUGCAUCUGAGUGUUCAGGAGUUUUUGGCUGCAUUAUAUGCAUUUCUCUGCUUCCUUGACAAAAACCCAACAAAAGAACAAACCACUGAUCUUUCUGGUCUUCUCAACAUAUCAGAAAUGUCUGACUUCCUCAAGAGUGCAGUGGAUCAGGCCUUACAGAGUGACAACGGACACUUGGAUCUUUUCCUCCGCUUCCUUCUGGGCCUCUCAGUGGAGUCUAAUCAGGAGCUCAUUCGAGGUCUGCUGACACACAAAGGAAACAGCUCUGACUGUCAAAAGGACAUAGUUGAGUACAUCAAGUUCAAGUUUGAACACAAUCCAUCUCCAGAGAGAUCCAUCAAUCUGUUCUACUGUCUGAACGAGUUACAUGAUGAUUCACUAGUGAAAGAGAUCCAAAGCUACAUGAGCUCAGGACGUCUCUCUGAAGCUGAACUCUCACCUGCUCAGUGGUCUGCUCUGGUCUUUGUGUUGCUGACAUCAGAGGAGGAUCUGGAAGUGUUUGAGCUACAGAAGUUCAUAAAGUCAGAUGAAUGCUUUAAGAGACUGCUACCAGUCGUCCGGGAAGCCACAAGAGUUCUGCUCAGCGAGUGUAACCUGACGGAGAGAAGCUGCUCGGCUUUACACACAGUCCUCAGCUCAGAAUCCUCCAAGCUGACUGAGGUGGAUCUCAGCAGUAAUCCUCUGGAGGACUCAGGAGUGAAGCUGCUUUGUGCUGGACUGAAGAGUCCAAACUGUAAGCUGGAGAAACUGAGACUUUCAGACUGCAGUAUAACAGAGGAAGGAUACGCUGCUCUGGCUGAAGCUCUGAAAUCAUCACACCUGAUAGAGCUGGAUCUCAGAGGGAACGACCCUGGAGCAUCAGGAGUGAAGCUGCUCACUGAUGUACUACAGGAUCCACACUGUACACUGGAGACACUGAGUCUGUUGAAAAGUGAGGCAGAGGAAGCCUGUGCUUCUUUAACUGAAGUUCUGGGUCCAAACCCUUUACUGCAGAGAGAACUGGAUCUGAGUGGGAAAAUAUCUGGAGACUCAGGAGUGAAGCAGCUCUCUGCUCUACUGAAGGAUCCACACUGCAGACCUGAGAGACUCAGGCUGAGUAAGAGCGGUAUUACAGAGAGAGGCUGUACUGAUCUGAUAUCAGCUCUUACUGCAAACCCUUCACACCUGACAGAGCUGGACCUGAGUGAGAACACACUGGGAAAUCCAGGAGUGGAGAAGAUCUCUACUCUACUAAAGAGUUCAUCCUGCAAACUCCAGAAGCUUGUACUUUCAGACUGUAAUAUAACAGAGGAAGGAUACACUGCUCUGGCUAAAGCUCUGAAGUCAAACCGCUCAUCACACCUGAUAAACCUGGACCUCAGAGGGAACGACCCUGGAGACUCAGGAAUGAAGGAGAUUAGGAGUUUGAUGAAGGAUACAGAAUGUAAACUGACACUGAGGUUGCUGAAAAGUCCUGAUGCACAGAAAGCUUAUGAUCAUCUGAGUGAAGUUCUGGGUAUAAACCCGAUACUGCAGACGGAUCUGGAUCUGAGUGGGAAAAUAGAAGGAGACUCAGGAGUAGAGCAACUCUCUGCUUUACUGAAGGAUCCACUGGAGGAUCCACACUGCAGACCUGAAAAACUUCAGCUCAGUGAGUGUAAUCUGACAGAGAAAGGAUGUUCAGCUCUGCUCACAGCUCUCAGAUCAGAAUCCUCCACCCUGAGGGAGCUGAAUCUGAGUAAGAACAGGAUUCAGGAUUCAGGAGUGAAGCUGCUCUCUGCAGAACUGAAGAAUAAAGACUGUAAACUGGAGACUGUGAGACUUUCAGACUGCAGAAUAACAGAGGAAGGAUACGCUGCUCUGGCUGAAGCUCUGAAAUCAUCACACCUGAUAGAGCUGGAUCUCAGAGGGAACGACCCUGGAGCAUCAGGAGUGAAGCUGCUCACUGAUGUACUACAGGAUCCACACUGUACACUGAAGACACUGAGACUGUUGAAAAGUCCUGAAGCAGAGGAAGCCUGUAAAUAUCUGACUGAAGUUUUAGGUAUAACCCCCUUACUGCAGAAAGAAGUGGAUCUGAGUGGAAAAAUAAAAGGAGACUCAAGAGUGAAGCAGCUCUCUGUUCUACUGAAGGAUCCACACUGCAGACCUGAGAAACUUACACUUACUGAAUGUGGACUAAUGAUGGAAAGCUGUCAAUCUCUGGCUGAAGUUCUCAGUUCACCCCCCUGUUUUCUAACUGAAUUGGACUUGAGUAACAACAACCUACAGAAUUCAGGCGUCCAGCAAUUAUCUGAAGGACUGAAGAACCAAAGCUGUGUUCUGAAGAUAUUAAGACUUUCAGACUGCAGUAUAACAGAGGAAGGAUACGCUGCUCUGGCUGAAGCUCUGAAAUCAUCACACCUGAUAGAGCUGGAUCUCAGAGGGAACGACCCUGGAGCAUCAGGAGUGAAGCUGCUCACUGAUGUACUACAGGAUCCACACUGUACACUGGAGACACUGAGUUUAUUGAAAAGUCCUGCUGCACAAGAGGCCUGUACCUGGCUAGAUUCUGUUUUACGUAAAAAUUCUUUACUCCAAAAAGAGCUGGAUCUGAGCAUGAUGGAAACAGGAGACUCGGGAGUGAAGAUGCUCUCGGCUCUACUGGAAGACUCACAUUGUAAAUUUCAGAAAAUUAGGCUGAAUAAAUGUAACCUGACUGAGGAGAGCUGUUCAGCUUUAGCCAGCGUUCUCAACUUAAAGUCCUGUAGUGUGAGAGAGCUGGACCUGAGCAACAACAGUCUGCAGGAUUCAGGAGUCACUCGGCUUUCUGCUGGACUGAAGAGUCCUCAGUGUAAACUGGAGAUUCUGAGGCUCAAAACAUGUCUCAUAACUGCUGGAAGCUGUUCAGCUCUUGCGGAAGUUCUCAACGCUGAGUAUUCCCAGCUGAGAGAGCUGGACCUGAGCAAGAACAAUCUGCAGGAUUCAGGAGUCACUCAGCUUUCUGCUGGACUGAAGAGUCCACAGUCUCGACUCACAAUAAUCAGACUGUGUAACUGCAGUGUAGAAGCUGAAGGCUGUGCUGCUUUGGCUACAGCUCUGGAAGAAAACCCCUCACAUCUCUUGGAGCUGGAUCUGAGCGAGAAUAAAGCAGGAGACUCGGGAAUGAAGCAGAUCUCUAAUCUACUACAGAAUUCACUCUGUGUCCUAGAAAAACUCAAUGUAACUGACAAUAAUAUAACAGAGGAAGGAUACGCUGCUCUGGCUGAAGCUCUGAAAUCAUCACACCUGAUAGAGCUGGAUCUCAGAGGGAACGACCCUGGAGCAUCAGGAGUGAAGCUGCUCACUGAUGUACUACAGGAUCCACACUGUACACUGGAGACACUGAGGUUGUUGAAAAGUCCUGCUGCACAGGAAGGCUAUGCGUUACUUUAUAGAGUUCUGAAUAAGAACCCCUUGCUGCAGAGAGAACUCGAUGUGAGUGAGAAAAUAAACGGAGACUCUGAGGUGAAGCAGCUCUCUGCUCUACUGCAGGAUUCACACUGCAGACCUGAGAUACUCAAGGUAAAUAACGUCAGGAUGAGAAAUGAAGGUUGUGCAGCUCUGGCAUCAGCGCUGAGUUUAAACCCCUCACACCUGAGACAGCUGGAGCUGAGUGGGAAUACACUGGGAGGAUCAGGAAUGAAGGAGCUCUGUGGUGUGCUGAAGAAUCAACAAUUCAAACUGCUGAAACUGGGACUUUCAGACUGUAAUAUAACAGAGAAAGGAUACACUGCUCUGGCUAAAGCUCUGAAGUCAAACCGCUCAUCACACCUGAUAAACCUGGACCUCAGAGGGAACGACCCUGGAGACUCAGGAAUGACGGAGAUUAGGAGUUUGAUGAAGGAUACAGAAUGUAAACUGACACUGAGGUUGCUGAAAAGUCCUGAUGCACAGAAAGCUUAUGAUCAUCUGAGUGAAGUUCUGGGUAUAAACCCGAUACUGCAGACGGAUCUGGAUCUGAGUGGGAAAAUAGAAGGAGACUCAGGAGUAGAGCAACUCUCUGCUUUACUGGAGGAUCCACACUGCAGACCUGAAAAACUUCAGCUCAGUGAGUGUAAUCUGACAGAGAAAGGAUGUUCAGCUCUGCUCACAGCUCUCAGAUCAGAAUCCUCCACCCUGAGGGAGCUGAAUCUGAGUAAGAACAGGAUUCAGGAUUCAGGAGUGAAGCUGCUCUCUGCAGUACUGAAGAACAAAGACUGUAAACUGGAGACUGUGAGACUUUCAGACUGCAGAAUAACAGAGGAAGGAUACGCUGCUCUGGCUGAAGCUCUGAAAUCAUCACACCUGAUAGAGCUGGAUCUCAGAGGGAACGACCCUGGAGCAUCAGGAGUGAAGCUGCUCACUGAUGUACUACAGGAUCCACACUGUACACUGAAGACACUGAGGUUGUUGAAAAGUCCUGCUGCACAGGAAGGCUAUGAGUUACUUUAUAGAGUUCUGAAUAAGAACCCCUUGCUGCAGAGAGAACUCGAUGUGAGUGAGAAAAUAAACGGAGACUCUGAGGUGAAGCAGCUCUCUGCUCUACUGCAGGAUUCACACUGCAGACCUGAGAUACUCAAGGUAAAUAACGUCAGGAUGAGAAAUGAAGGUUGUGCAGCUCUGGCAUCAGCGCUGAGUUUAAACCCCUCACACCUGAGACAGCUGGAGCUGAGUGGGAAUACACUGAGAGGAUCAGGAAUGAAGGAGCUCUGUGGUGUGCUGAAGAAUCAACAAUUCAAACUGCUGAAACUGGGGUUGUGUAAGUGCAGUCUCACUGAGGAAGAUUGUGCUGCUGUUGUAUCAGCUCUGAGAACAAACCCCUCACUCCUCAAGGAGCUGGACCUGAGCGAGAACACAGUUGGAAACACAGGAGUGAAGGAGCUCUCGGAUCUACUGCAGAACCCAAACUGCACUCUGGAGAUACUGAAACUGAGUAAAUGUAGUCUCACCCAAACACAAUGUGGAGACCUGGCUAAGGCUCUGGAAUGUAACUCCUCAUCACAUCUGAAAGAGCUGGACCUCAGAGGGAACUACAGUGUGUCAGGAUGGAAUAUUUUUAGUUAUUUUCUAGGGAAUUCAAACUCUAAACUGAUUGUGAGAAUCUUGAGUCCUGAAGCAGAAAAGGCCUGUGAUUUUCUGACUGAAGUUCUGGGUACAAACCCCUUACUGCACAGAGAACUGGAUCUGAGUGGGAAAAUAUCCGGAGACUCAGAGGUGAAGCAGCUCUCUGCUCUACUGAAGGAUCGGCAGUGUAGAACUGAGAAACUCAGGCUGAGUAAGAGCGGUAUUACAGAGAGAGGCUGUACUGAUCUGAUAUCAGCUCUUACUGCAAACCCUUCACACCUGACAGAGCUGGACCUGAGUGAGAACACACUGGGAAAUCCAGGAGUGGAGAAGAUCUCUACUCUACUAAAGAGUUCAUCCUGCAAACUCCAGAAGCUUGUACUUUCAGACUGUAAUAUAACAGAGAAAGGAUACACUGCUCUGGCUAAAGCUCUGAAGUCAAACCGCUCAUCACACCUGAUAAACCUGGACCUCAGAGGGAACGACCCUGGAAACUCAGGAAUGACGGAGAUUAGGAGUUUGAUGAAUGAUACAGAAUGUAAACUGACACUGAGGUUGCUGAAAAGUCCUGAUGCACAGAAAGCUUAUGAUCAUCUGAGUGAAGUUCUGGGUAUAAACCCGAUACUGCAGACGGAUCUGGAUCUGAGUGGGAAAAUAGAAGGAGACUCAGGAGUAGAGCAACUCUCUGCUUUACUGAAGGAUCCACACUGCAGACCUGAAAAACUUCAGCUCAGUGAGUGUAAUCUGACAGAGAAAGGAUGUUCAGCUCUGCUCACAGCUCUCAGAUCAGAAUCCUCCACCCUGAGGGAGCUGAAUCUGAGUAAGAACAGGAUUCAGGAUUCAGGAGUGAAGCUGCUCUCUGCAGUACUGAAGAAUAAAGACUGUAAACUGGAGACUGUGAGGUAACGUCUAAUUACUACACAAACGUCUAA